AUGUCUCUGUUGUGGCCGUUGGUAAGUGAAAUGAUGGAGGACAGGUCUAACCGUUCCCUCUAUGACCAGCAUUUUGGCCUUGGACUUCUUAACGAUGAGGCGCUUCGUCCAUUGAACCAGCUCUUGGUAUCUCCGAUGCGUUGUGGUUAUUUGCGACCAUGGAGAAGCAUGGCUUUAGGUGAUUCUGGAAUUUCUACUAUCUCAUCCGAUAAGUCAGAGUUCAAAAUCAACUUGGAUGUUCAGCAGUUCAAGCCAGAUGAACUUAAAGUGAAAGUAGUUGAUGACUAUCUAGUAAUUGAAGGAAAACAUGAAGAGAGAUCCGAUGAACACGGUUUCAUCACUCGUCAGUUUACCCGCCGUUACAAGAUUCCUCAGGAUGUAGAUCAAAGUGCAAUUGAAUCCAACUUGUCAACUGAUGGUGUGCUUACCCUCAAAGCCAAGAAGAAGCCAACACCAGAAAUAGAAGGCAGAACUAUCCCAAUUGUUCAAACAAAGACGCCAGCGGUGACUAAUGAAAAGGAUAAGAAAAAUAUGGCGGAUGUAGCUCCAGCCGGUGGCCGAGGAGGCUUUAGAGGAGGUUUCGGAAGUCGUGGCAGUGGACGUGGUGGACCACGAGGAAGAGGACGUGGGCGUGGCAGAGGCAGAGGACGUGGUAAGGAAGGAGAGAAGGAAUGGCAGCCAGUUACAAAGUUAGGUCGUCUGGUCAAGGAUGGAAAAAUAAGAACCCUGGAAGAUAUAUAUCUAUUCUCUUUACCCAUCAAGGAAUUUGAAAUUAUUGAUUUUUUUAUUGGUCCUGUAUUGAAAGAUGAAGUUCUGAAGAUCAUGCCAGUUCAAAAACAGACUAGAGCCGGGCAGAGAACAAGAUUUAAGGCCUUUGUUGCUAUUGGAGACCACAAUGGACACAUUGGUUUGGGCGUGAAAUGUUCCAAAGAAGUGGCUACUGCUAUCCGUGGUGCUAUUAUCCUUGCUAAGCUCUCUGUCGUUCCAGUCAGGCGUGGUUAUUGGGGUAACAAGAUCGGAAAGCCCCACACUGUACCUUGCAAGGUUACAGGAAAGUGUGGUAGUGUGCAAGUGCGUCUUAUUCCAGCACCCAGAGGAACUGGCAUUGUAGGUGCCCCUGUACCCAAGAAGCUUCUGCAGAUGGCAGGUAUUGAAGAUUGUUAUACAUCUGCCACAGGAUCAACUGGCACUCUUGGAAACUUUGCAAAAGCUACGUUUGAAGCCAUAUCAAAAACAUAUGGUUAUCUGACGCCAGAUCUCUGGCGUGAUGUGCCAUUAUCUAGGGCACCGUACGCAGAAUUUUCAGAUCAUCUGCUGCGGAACCAUCAUGCCAAAGCUGUUCCUGUUGAUGAAUGAUUAUUAAGCUCUUCCUCUAAUUAAUGAUAAUAUAAUUUAUCUGAUACAAAUAAUAAAUUAACUUUUAUUAGAAUAUUAAUUUAUUUUUCCCAAAUUAACUUAUCUAACUUAUGUUUAUAAUGGU